CGGCGUCGGCGGCAGCCGUCUCUGUCGAACAGCCGAGACGGCGGCGACCGAGAGUAACCCCUGGCUACUUCGUAUGGACUCGCACGCGGCAUCGUCGGCCGGCGGAGCGAGACGGCGCUAGUCGUGGACACGCGGAGGCCGUGGAGCCCUCGCGUGAAGGGACACAGGACAGACGCUCUCGGACACCGGGCGAGAGCGGGCGGCUGGCCUCGCACCUGCCUCGCACCGCACGCGACACAUAUACGAUCGCGAUCGCUCUCGUAAACAUUACGAAAUAUUCACGUAUAUUUGCAUAAAAACCAUUUUAUUUUAAUACAUUAACAACGUUCGUAAAUUUAUUUUAUUAUUUCGAAUAUCGACUAUAGAAAUUUCGACGACGGACAGUGACUGAAAAUUUGUUAUUUCAAGUGAAGAAGUUUAAACAGAUGUUAGUAAAUGGAGUGUGACCAAGCGAGCCGUUUGCCGAAUCGCAGGAUCGCCACUAGGCGCGGAUAGAUUAGAUAGUGCACUGAGACGCUCAUUCAAGUGUUGAUAAGGCCCUAUUUAUGACCAGUCGAUUUACGCGAAACAUUCAACUAACGUGUGAACUGAUUUGCCGCAACAUGAAAAGGAAAAAGUAACUUAAGUACUGUUUGUUUUUCCGUACGAUGAGUACUUUAAGAAAAUGAGUGAGCGCUCUAAAACACCGUCGGACACUCGUAGGAGGAUUUGUGAUAAGUCGACCUCCGUUAUCAGAAACGUUUUAUGAACACGAUAAACCGCUGGACCGGCGGCGGCACAUGUGAAGUUUAACGAACUGUCUUCUGAUAGAGACAUAUUAAGAUAAAUUGUUUCUAAGGAUAAAACAAGUUGUCGAAGAUCUAAAAAUAGGUGACCAAAUCAAGAUGAGAAUCAAAAUGCCAGCUGUACGCAUCGCGCAAGCGGAUGCGGACAGCGCGGCAGAGGGCGGUGGAUCUCCAACGCCCGGAGUUCCAGCAGAUACCCUGACCUGUGGGGCCUGCAGGAGAGCGUUUGCGCUGGCUGACAUAAUCAGGUUCAUCCAGCACAAAGUCUCGUCCUGCGAUAAAGAGCUCACGUCUUAUCACUGCUAUAGCGCUGGUCCGAAUUCAGACCAGGAAGACGGGUCCAGGCCAGGUCAGGUUUCAACAGCGAACUCUAGCGGUCGAAGACCCUCGCUUCUGACUGCAAGGCGACUUCCGAACAGCAGGAUCCACACACCGCCUUUGGCUAGUCCAUCAAUAGCACCGCCUGACCUUUUAGAAGAUGGGGGCGCUUCGAGCACUCCAAAGAGACUUCUCGAUGAAGCCGAAACUGAAACCUCAACACCUAAACGGCGAGCCUCAACAUCACCGUUACCUUCAAGUUCGCCUGAUGAAGAUAUCAAGCCUAAGAUCAAGCAAGAGCGUAUGGAUACAUCGGGAUCUCCUGAAGACCAGAAAAAGUCGAGAACCGAGGUUGCCGACGCUGAAUCAAAUACCAUGCAUAGUGAGCCGAGUAACUACGUUUGUUCAACUUGCAAGGCUCGUGUGCACUCCGCGUGGAGAUUACUUCAACACGUCCAACACGUGCACGGCGUUAAAAUUUACGUGGAAACGUUGCCCCAACCGCACCUCAACAAACAGAACCAUUCAUCUUCAAGCACCUCUUCCUCAAGUUCUGGUUGCUCUUCUACGGGUGCACCUCUUCCUCCGCCCACAUUGCGUCAUCAUCCUCUACUGCCACCUCCAGACAUGCAUUCCCCUUUUGGAGUUGGUGGUCUUUUGCGAAUGCCGCUACCUGGUAGUCUACCUCCAUUAGCCCACCCGUCUGUUCCUCCAGCUCCAUUAUUUGCUCGACCGAAUCACCAUGACCAUCGCUUUAGAAUGGAACAACUCGUUUCGGAACAAUUUCGUCACCACGGACUGAACCUUGCAGCUGCAGCGGCCGCUGUAGCUGCUAACUCCCUUCCACCACACCAGGCGUUUCCGUCACCGGCGGAUCGACCACCUGUAAUACCAACAACAGUAUCAGCUCGAGACAGACCACCACCAGUAUCUCAACCACUUUCACUUGAACCCCAGCUGGAUUUUUACUCGCAGCGCUUGCGGCAACUGGCCGGUACGACCAGUCCAGGGGCGGCCACAGGCAAUUCGAGCUCUCCUAGCCCCAGGAAGCAUUCGCCUCCGUUCGCUUCCCCGUCGCCCUCCCGAGUCGGUCAGACUCCACCGGUGGGCGCCGGACCCGGAACGGUGGAUACCCCUCGUGAAGCGAUCAAACCACAUAGCUCAACUUCACCAGAACGCCGAAUAGAGCCAAUGGCAGCCGAUGCUCCCCCUCCCGAGCGCUCCACGUCUACUCCGCCAGUGAAACGCAACAACGAUGAGGCUAUACAUUCCUGUGAGUUUUGUGGCAAGAAAUUUAGAUUCGAAAACAAUUUAAUUGUACAUCGACGCUCUCAUACUGGGGAAAAGCCCUUCAAAUGCAGCGAAUGUGAUGAAACUUUUGAAAAAGCAUCUAAAUUAAAGAAACACAUGAAAGUACAUCGAUUACCAGAUGUAAAUGGUGAAGAUGGAGAAUCUGGUGGCGACACUGGAGAAGAUGAUUCUGAUGAUGACAUGGAGGAUGAGGAGCUCGAAGGUGAAGACGAAGAAGAAAAUGAAGAUGGAGAAGAUGUAGAGGAAGCAGAAGACCUAACUGUUUCCAAUAGUAGUGCUCCUACUGCACCCUCGAGGAAGCAGACUCCAGCGAUACCCGCACAUCCCCCAACGGCUUCUGUUGUUGGAGAAUUAAUGGAUAAAUUUGGACUAUCAAAUAUUGCUCAAUAUAGCGAAGCUUUCAAACAAGCACUCCAAGAAUCUGGAAACUCACUGAAAUGGCAGCUUGCGAAAGAUCGGGAUAAUAAUAAUGGCCCUCCUAGUGACAAACCAAAUGGUAUGCCACCGACAGCAGCUCUACGAUUAAAAGAAGAAUUUGCCAAAAUGCCGCCACAGCCCCAUCCUCUUUUUAACCCUUUUGAAAAUCCUUUCGAAGCUUCUAAGCGAAUGAAACUGGAUAUGGAGAGAAGUGAAGGAUGGUGGCUUCCCACAUUGCAUGCCCAGAGACCUCCUGAAAAUAUAUUUGAAGGCCUUAAAAAUAGCGGUAACGGCCUGCUCCAGAACCCUUUAUUAAAAUCUAAAGACGGACGACGGAAUGAUACCUGCGAAUUUUGUGGAAAAGUAUUCAAGAAUUGCUCAAAUUUGACGGUUCAUCGUAGAUCUCACACCGGCGAAAAACCUUACAAAUGUGAGCUAUGUUCCUAUGCGUGCGCUCAGAGCUCAAAGCUCACUAGGCACAUGAAAACUCACGGCCGACUCGGCAAAGACGUGUAUCGAUGCAGAUUUUGCGAGAUGCCUUUCUCUGUGCCCUCGACUUUAGAGAAGCAUAUGCGCAAGUGUGUUGUGAACCAAAGCAACGGCGCUCCUUUGGCCUUGUCUGAUGAUUCUAACGCAUGUAGAGACGAGGCCUCGUGACUCUACCCGUGGGGUGGGCUACGCCUGCCGCCGCCUGCGCCUCCCAGCCAGAUCUUCUAAGAUCAUAAACAAACCUCACCAUUCGUCGCUUCCUAUUUUAAUUUAUUAGCUGUUUGGCACGAGCGGUCUCAGGUCCUAACAUUCUGUGUCUAGUCUUAAGAGUUGAAUUAUAAGGACAUUAAAAUUUGCAAUACGAGCGCAAAAUUUCGUAUCGAAAGGCAUUAUUUAGUUAUUGUACCUAUCCCACGAACGGAACAAGUGUUGAAAUUACCCGUUAAAUCAUUGUUAAUGUUGAUUUUAGGUGGAUCAUUGUUUAUUUUUCGGAGGCUGUAAGGUACUUCGGACUUUUUUUUUAUGUUACGUGCAUUCAUUCGAUCUUGUUUUGACAUGUUUUAUUUAUAGACAAAAGAAAAUGCGGAAACCAAUGCCAAAGUUAGCUAUGUUGAUUUAUGUCGAUCUAAUUGUUUAGUUGUAUAGUGUCAAUUAAAUUAAUAAAAUUUUCCAGUAUUCAUAGGAUCUUCAUAGUUCGAUGUAGUACGUGUUUCUCGGUUAAGUUGUUUCGUAAUUUUUAGGGAUUUUAUCGUGUAUAAUAAAAAAUAAGAAAAAUGUUUCCUAUCUUAGACGAAUAUUUGUGUAAAUAUAUGAUUUUAAGUGAAUGUGUAAAUGGAGUACCUACCUAAUGAUGUUCAUGAACAUGAUUCUCAUACAUAAACCGAAAACGAAUGAAUACGGUAAGUUUCCUGAAAUCGAUAUUUACGCGAUGUAAAAAGCAAAAUUGGAAUCGAUUUAAAGGUUAUGUUAUUCGUAAUGUCUGUGUUUAAAUUAGUAAUAAAAAACAUAUUUAAGAACCAGUGAGUGAAUCGUAUGACGUCGUUUCGCGUUUAUUUUUAUUUUACCCUAGUUUUUUUUUUCUUUCUUAAGACUGAUGUGAAAUAAUUCCAGUUUUGUUUUUCGAUUGAUGUUCCCCUGCGGUCUGCGUGGAAUAAGACUUCGGAAGCACCAUUUAGUCCAAUCGUGAACCUAUCAGUAUACGUACUUAAUGUAAAAUAAAUAAAAAAAGAUAGAAUUUAUAUUAGAUAAUUGUAUAAGUAAAUUAUGCGAAUGUUUUGUCGUCCAUUGUCGGUUCGUUGUAAUUAAGGACUUCUUCGGACGAUAUAAAAAAUAAAAGACAUAAUAUAAUUCUCUGGUAUGUCGUUUGAAUUAGUCCUUGAUUCUAUUUAGCUUAAAUGUUCACAGUGAAUAUUUUUGACAUGCAGAUGGUUCAGGACACAGAACUGAAGACGAAACUGCUUGUUAAAAAUAUGAAGAAAAAAAAGAAAUAAAUCUUUUUAAUUAUUAUUUUCAAAUAAACUACACAUCUAACCACUGACUUAGGUCAGAGAAUCGUGACGCAAGUAAUAAAAUUAUGAAUAAUUUUUUUCGCAAUAUGCACGUUUGCAAUAUUAAUAUAUAUUCAUUUGUUUUUUUCAUUUAAAGUAUUGUCAUGAUAAUUAGCGACAAACGGACGAAAAAAUUGACAAAACAUUUGAAGUAAAAAAAAAAAAAUAAGACAAAUUUUAUUGUGUAACUAUGUGAAAGAUGGAACUGUUUUUAUUAUUUUUCAUUUUUAUUAUUUUUAUUUCAAUAAAUAUC